UACUAUAGCAAGUGUAUAACGCUCGAAGUACCGUCAUCCGAACAGCUAAGGCAGGAGAAACUUAUUUGGUGUUAAAGGCAUUAUUUUUGCGUUGAGCAGAGAUAUUCUCUCUGUUCGUAAAAUGGCAUCUGCAUACCAGUUCCUUUCUAUUCCUGCUAAGCUGCCGAAAGUUUGGGAUCCAAAGCUGCAUGAAUGGCCAACUUACCAUUGCAGUCACCCUGAUGUAGCUCGAGAAGGAUGGCGUAAGUGGAGCGGUGAACACCCAGAUUGGUAUGCCUGGCGUGGAACAUCAAGACAUCCUGACUGGUACAAUCGUAACAUCAACACCAUUCGUCGCGUGGACUACAAAAAUGUCAACUGGCAUUAUGAACGGCCCUCCAAGCCCACAAGUCGGACACACGAUGGUUUUGUGCCUUAUGAAAAUGAUGUCAUCAUGAAGGAAACACUACCACAAAUGCCUCAUAAUCGCUCCUACAAAGAAAGCUUUAGCUAUCAAAAGCCUUUUCCUCAAGAGGUUCCCAAACCUAAGUGGGGACUGUACAACCCUCCACAUUACCAGGAACCAGCCCGUUUUAACAGUUACCCUCCUUUUAAGUACAACGGGUACUAAGGCUUGUCCUGGCAAACUUACGAACAUGAGAAACAACAGUUCAAAGAACACCUAACCAUAAAAGUGGUGUCUGAAGUAAGUCCUUAAGUGAAUACUUUUCUGGAUGAAAAGUUUUAAAUUUUUUAGCUUAGUUGCUCUAAAAAAGCUUAGUGUUCACAGCAGCACAUUCUGUAACAGCUUAUAUAGUACUUUGCAACUUCGUCUUUAGUGCAUAUGCAGCACUAAAAAUAAACAUCAACAGUAGACAGAUAUUUUUUUCAACAAAAAACUGUACAUACACAGAAUAUAUGAUCUGAAAACUGUGACUGAAUGAAUUUUUGAAUGAAAGCAGGUGCCAAACUUUUUUUUAAUAGAUUAUGAAAAGUUAUUUGCAAUUCAUCCUUGGCAGUUUAUUAUGUGUAGAUGAUAGUGAUUUUGUGAAGUCUGUGCAUCAUGAUUUUAAAAAGUGUUUGUGUGAACACAGAUGAUCUGUUUGGUUUUCUGGUUGAAGGAUGGUGGCAUUAAGAUCUAGUGGAAAAUUUGUAUCUGUAAUGUCAAAAGUUAUGUACUUGCAUUGAAAAAAAACAAGAGCAGCUUGAAAAAAUAUUGAGUUCCCUCUGUCUCAGUUUUUGCAAAUAUGCUUUUCCCAGUUCACAUGAAAAAUUAACAAUAUGGUUACUUUAUGUAUUCAUGCCUCAGUGGUGGCUGUACAGUGCAUACCUCUGAUUGACACACAACCAUUGAUUUCUUAGCUGAAUUCCAAAAUGCUUUAUCAUCAUGAUCUUCUAACAGUUAUGUCAAACAUCCUCUGUACCUAAUUUUUGGAAAAAGUUUCAGUUAAGCUUACCUACCCCUCCAGUUUUGGAGAAUGUUUAGUUUUUGCUUUCUUUCUCCCUUAGGCACAUACACACAAGAGGCCUAUCUAUGUGAUUGAUUCUUUUAAGUUAAAUGACUUAGCCUUUGAAAACAGAUUUCUUUUGCAAAGAGCAAUAAUUAGAUAAAGAGUUAUAUUGUCUGUUUUGUACAUUUAUAGGGUUAUGUGGUAAAAACAUGCAGACUAAACAUGUUACCUGCCCUUUCAGGACUGACCUAUUUUUCUAUGUUUAGCAUACAUACUAAAGCUUCAUUAGUUUAUUGAUACUGCACUGGAUAUUGGGUACUGGCUAUUGCUGUAUUUGCUGCCCAUUCUGGUAUAACUGAAUUUUGUCUUGUCUUGUGUUGCCCACACUACCUUCAACUCAAUUAGAGCUCAAAUAUGUAUAGCAUCAUUUUUAUCUUAAUUCUUUUACUGUACAGAUCAAUAAAAGUUACAUUGUCUUUCCGUCUAGAA